AUGUUCUGUGAACCCCAAACCAUCAUCCUCGCCCUCAAUAUCGCGACGAGUUGCGACGGGUUACCGUGUCCAGAGGCUAAUCGUGUCGUCAUCAUUCCGCAGCCACUAUUGCACACGAUCAUAUUCCUCAUCGAGAUGGCAGUUGCAGCGCGCCUCGCAGCCAAAUUUAAUACCUACUAUGCCGAAAAGCCAGUGCUCACGACGAUGGUCACGAACGCUGUGCUGGGUGGUGUCGCCGAUACUGUUGCGCAGCUGAUCACAGCCUUCAACACCCGCCGAACCCAAACAAGCGGUGACGACUUGAUCUCAAUAGAAAUCCCCAACCUCGACAAGGAGAAGCCACCCACUGUGGGCGAAUGGGGAUACGGCAGGGGCCUACCGCCGUCGUUCGACUUUGAACGCCUCACGCGAUUCAUGGCGUAUGGUUUCUUCAUGGCGCCUAUUCAGUUCCAGUGGUUUGGCUUCUUGUCGAGGGCCUUCCCGCUCACCAAGAUGAACCCCACCGCCCCGGUGUUUAAGCGCGUUGCGUUCGACCAGUUCAUCUUUGCACCAUUCGGUCUCGCGUGUUUCUUCAGCUACAUGACAAUCGCCGAGGGUGGUGGCCGACGGGCAUUGACCCAGAAGUUCCGGGAUGUUUACUUGCCAACCCUCAAGGCCAAUUUCGUGCUUUGGCCGGCAGUGCAGAUCCUCAACUUCCGCGUUGUUCCUAUUCAAUUCCAGAUUCCCUUUGUUUCGACUAUUGGUAUCGCGUGGACCGCAUACCUCUCACUCACCAACUCCUCUGAGGAGUCCUAA